AUAAGACAAAAUGCCAGGCAAAAAGGGGGACUCCAAGUCAGCGGCGAAAAAAGGAGGGAAAGCAGAGCCAGAAAAAAGCAAAGGCAAAGAGGAAGAAAAAAAAGGGAAGGAUGACAAAAAGGGUGCUAAAGAUGACCAGAAGGGAGGAAAGGAUGAUAAGAAAAAAGGAAAAGAAGACCCCAAAGGUAAAGGAAAAGAUGAUGGAAAGAAAGGAAAGGACAAAGGAAAGGGGGCGAAGGUGGUUAGUGAGUCAGAAGAGGUGUCAGAUGCAGAGCCCAUUGAGGAUGAUGAAGAGUUAAGUGAAGAAGAAUCAGAUGAGGACACACGCAAGCGUGGACAUGGAAAGGCUGGUGCUAAAGGCAAAGCGGCAAAGGGAAAGUCCAAAUCAAAACACGCUGCAUCAGAUGAGGAAGAAGAUGAAGAAGAAGAAGAGGAUGAGGAAGAUGAGGAAAAUGAAGAAAGUGAAGAAGAUAGGAAAGGAAAAAAGAAAUCGAAAGACGCACAUAAAUCCAAAUCUAAACCUGAGGCAGAGGGAACAAAGAAAAAGGCAAAAAAGAAGGAUGAGGUUCCACCUGAGACUGCACCAGAACCUGCAAAAAAACUAUUUGGCUUCCCUGGAAUCGGGAAGAGCUCAAAGAAGCGUCUAAAAAGUACAUCGAGACUGUUUCUGGGACUUGGCAAACAAAAGAGUUUUGUGGUCAGAAAAAAGAGAAGGAAGUCUGUUUUGAAGAAUGCCCCGAGGCUUCUGAUGCGCUUCAAAGCCAGUAAGAAAAAGAAAAAAGAGAAGGAACAAAAUGACCAGUUGGGACGCAAACCAUCCUACAUGUUACUGAAAAUUGGUGGCAACAAACCAGCAGAGAAGAAAUCAGGGCUGUUCAAAGGACUUUUUGGGAAAAAGAAUGCAGACGAUGGGUCAAAUUUUAAAAACCAAAGUCUGAUAUUGGGUAAAGUUGCUGGAGCAACAAACUGGUUAACUAAAAAGUUCCUCUCCACAAAAUUAAAACAGAGACCAUUUGACAGAAAUCAAGGCCGCUGGGGAAAGUCAAGUAAGAAACGGUUUCCUGGGGGAAGUCGACAAACAAGCAUGCGAGGACCUCACGGGCAUCACAACUACGCAUAUGAACAUGAUUUUGAUGACUAUGACUAUAAUAACCAGGGUAGAAUGAGAAAUGGUGCAUUUAACGGACAGUCAUUCCAGAGAAACCCAAACUGGUAUGAAGAUCCUGAUGACUUCUAUGAAGCGCAGUCACAUGAUCCAGGCUACUAUGAAUUUGAUGAUGAAUACUACAACCCACACAUGGACAUACAGAACGGAGGAGAGUAUUAUGAAAAUGGUAUGGGCUUCUAUAACACAUAUUCUGCACAACAUCAAAUGGGGUACUACCCCGAGGAAAUGGAGUACUAUGACCAACAGCAUCUGAUGGAUCCAUACUACUCUGACAAUAUGGAAUACUAUGAUGAGAACCAGUAUCUAAUGGAGGAUUGUUAUGAACCUUAUGAAGAUGAAACUGAGUUUUAUGACCAAGGUCAGUUUGAUUACUAUGAUGACUCUCAGGAAUUCUAUGACAAUCCAUAUGGUGAAGUUGGAGUAGCUGAUCCAUACAUGAUUCCGUAUGCAGCUUAUGAAGAUCCAUAUCUCCAGAAUUACCAGCUUAAUUACAGUGAAUCAGUGGUUAACCCAUAUCUUGAAUCUUCCUAUGAUAUGUACCAGCCAUAUAGUUAUACCAUGCAUGAGGUCAUGGAGGGUGAUGAGUUUAAUGAUGUUUCUGUUGAGCCAAUGGAUCUUCAAGGAGACAUGUUCAGAGUUCCCAGGCCUCAAGUAAAUCUUUUUGGCAAAGAAAGAAUACCAGUUGAAUUUCCUCCAUUUCCACCACAAUACUAUCCAGAAGAGAUGUCACAGGUUAAUUAUAAAAAUGUACCGUUCAUUCCUGAUGCACGCAUGGAUGGUGCUUUUCCUGCACAAGAAAUGCUGCAUCCAGGGUUACCUCAGGUUCCCACACCAACUGCAAUGUUAAUUAAGCAUGCUAAUAGUCCUCAGGGGUUUAUAAGCCCUAACGCUCAGUCUCCAUAUAUGUCACCCAUGGCCCAAGGUGCUUUCCCCCCCUCACCUACACCAAGCAGGAGGUCCAUGGGAAUGAUGGCUUCCCCUGUACCGAGACCCCUGUCCCCUAUGUUAGGACAAGAAAGAUUCACAGAGCCGCUAAUGGAUAUGGGGCCUCCCCAUCUUCCCAUGCAGAAACAAAGCUUUCACGGCUCUCCUCAGCCCUCGAUACGGAGAAGACAGAGCCCCUCUCCACAGCCCUCCAUACGUGGAUUUGGAGUUAGGAAUGUGCCUCCACCUCCACUAAGAGGAAUGUCAUCUCCACAUAUUCAACGCCCACCUUCCCCAUUUGGAGAGAGAAAAGUCAGCCCAUCUGCUUCUCCAGCAGCCUUUAGUCAUUUCCAGCCUCAGGCUUCAUUUGUAGAAGCCAGGUCUUCCCCAAUUCCUAUGGCUCGGCGAAUGCCUAAGCGAUCGCCCUCAUUCCGCACAGGCCCUCCAGCUGCUGCUCAUGGUUCCAUCCGCAAGCAAAGCCCACCCCAUUCUCCCCGUGCAUCAAUAAGAAGACCCAGCCCAGUUUCAUCCCCAGCAGUAACUCAUCGUCCAUUCGGUGCCAGGAAGCUUCAAGGUUCCACAUCUCCUCCUAGGCAAAUAAGUCCUCCAACUUCUCCCCAAAUGGGCAGGCGUCCUUUGGGAGGUGUUCAGCAAAUGGACUCCAAUAGGCCACGCUCCCCAUUUGCAGCUAACAGAUCAUCACCUGCACCUUCACGGAGAAGUUUUGCAGUUGGUUCAGAAUCUCCACAGCCUCCUCUGCCACCUGGACAAAGAUCACCAUCACCAAGCUUCUCCCGUAGAUCAACCCGUCUUAUGAGAAACCCACCACCUUUUGGAUCACCGGGUGGUCAAUUGCGAGGAAUGGGGCGUCCAAACAUUCCCAUGGGAACAGUAAAACCCUCAUUAGGUCAAAUGGGUCGUUUUAGUGCUCCAACCAAAAAUAUGUCACCAUCCAGAGCAUCCAUACGUAGCAACAGAUCGGUCAUGGCUCAGGACAUCAGAGCUUCCCCAAAGCUUCCAGGUCAUCACCCUGGGAUGGUCAUAAUGGGUCAGAGGCACUUCAUUCCCCCAGGACAAGCAGGAUCCUCACGGAAUACACAAAGACCUGUUGGUCUUGGCCGUCCUCUGAUGGCCAGGCAGUCUUUGAGGCGAAGACCCCCUUCACCACAACCUUCUCUAAAACAUAUUGGGCCUAUAUCACCCCAACCUUCCGUUAGGCAUUUUUCUAGGCCAUCUUCCCCUCACCCCACUAUCAAUCGUGGCUCACCAUUACCAAAGCGUUCCCCUUCCCCUCGUGCACCACCCAUUACUUUUGUAUCAAGUCCUUUUCAAAAUGUUCAAAUGUCAGAAGCAUCUUCCUACCCCAUUGCAGGAGAAUUUGAUCAAAUGAUAAGCAUGCCUCAGUCACCCAUGAUCACCAAUGCACUACAAAAUCCAAGUAUUUCUCAUGCCUCUUAUAAUUCACCCUUUCUGCAACCUGUGCAACCUAAUGUCUCUGAAGUCAUUGGUAUACAGCAGUUUCCUGAACAACCAUCUUCACCCCAAUUAUUAAACGAAUUACAAAAUCCAAAUUUGCUUAACACCAUGUAUACUUCUGUACCUCAAGUCACACCAGUGUUACAUACUGUUCUACAGCAGUCCCCAGAGACACUAGCAUCACCUGUUAUAUCAAAUGCUUUGCAAAAUUCCCAGGUCACUGGAGCAUCUUUCAUCUCACCACUGCAAAGACCAGGCUCUGCAUUAGCCCCUGUCACACACCUUCCUAGCUCACCAUCGAUGCAGCCAUCAAUGCCAUCAUAUGGUCCCGAAACAGUACUUGGACAGAGUCCAGGUCAGGCUGCAUCUCCAACACUUUCUAAUGCAAUUCAAAAUCCUUACCUUCAUAAUGCUUCAUACAAAACAGUUCUUCAGAUGCCUGCCUCCCCCUACUCACCAGUUGUGUCACAAUAUGAUUACAUAGAGGAGCCAGGCCCUGGCCCCCUCCUCACCAAUGCUCUACAAAAUCCUAAUGUCCGAAAUGCUACAUACCGAACACAUUUACAAAGGAGAGGAUCAAGAUAUGCCCCUAGCCCAAGGAGAUCACCAGUUCUCUCAAAUGCUCUACAAAACCAACAAAUCCGGAAAGCUUCUUACCAAACACAUAUGUCUCAUCCAAGUAAAGCCUACGGCUAUGUUCCCACGAACGCUUAUGCCCAGAGCCCUAUUCUGUCAGAUGCACUGCACAAUCCUCAGGUUCGUGGCGCAACCUACAAUCUGCCAGGUGGCACACUGGUACAUGGCAAUCAAAUGGUGGCUCCAGCUACCUCUCCGAUGCUUACUAAUGCUCUACAAAAUCGACAGGUACGGAAUGCUUCCUACAGACUUUCCGAUGGAACCCUAAUAAAUGUGGACCCCUACUUACAACAACCCUUGUCUCCAAACAUCUCUAAUGCCUUAGGUAACACAAACCUCAGAUAUGCUUCUUAUAGACUACCAGAUGGAACUAUAAUCACCACAGACUCCCUUCAACAACAGCAGCAACAACCUUCUUCUCCAAAUCUAGCCAGUGCUUUGCAGAAUCCAAACCUUAAAAAUGCUUCCUACAGACUUCCUCCAGACAAUUCACUCAUUUCAGAAUGCCACCAGAAGCCUGCAUCUCCUAAUCUGUCCCGUGCACUUAGAAACAAUAGCAUUCGAAAUGCAUCCUAUAGGCUGCCAGAUGGAACCGUUAUUUUUACAGAACAACAAGUGGAACCAACUUCUCCAGCCCUGUUAAAUGCACUGCAGAACCCAAUUAUUCGAAAUGCAUCCUAUAGACUAGGUGACGGCACAAUUAUUUUUCCUGAUUAUAAUCAGUCAAAAUCGACCUCCCCAAAUUUAGCGAAUGCACUUCAGAACACACAGAUGAGGAAUGCUAGUUACAGAUUGCCAGAUGGAUCUAUUAUAACCACACAGCUGACUACACCUUCCCCUAAUUUGGCAAGUGCUCUGCAGAAUCCAAACAUGCGUCAUGCUUCCUAUAGGCUACCUGAUGGAAAUAUAAUCAGUGCUAAUCCAGUUCACUCACCAAGCCUGUCCAGUGCCCUGAAAAAUGCAAACAUCAAAAAGGCCUCCUUUAGGCUUCCAGAUGAAUCAAUUUUUUUAAGUUCUAAGCCCACGAGUCCAAACCUGGCAGCGGCCUUGAAAAAUGAAAACCUUCGCAAAGCCUCAUACAGACUACCGGGCGAUUCUCUUAUCUCAGCGACUCCUCAUACAAGCAAUCUGAAACUUUCACAAGCCCUUUUAAACAAAAAUCUUCGUAACGCAAUGUACCGUUUACCCGAUGAAUCUGUUCUCAGGCAAGGUUUUGCUGUUUCAUCGACACCUCAAUUGAGGGAUGCUCUAAAAAACACUGGCCUAAAGAACGCCUCCUACCAACUGCCUUCAGCACUAUCUACUGUCACAGCGUCCGGAUUGAUUAUUGGGCCGGAUGGAAGAUAUGCAAUUGUGACCCCACAAAGAAAAGGUCCUGAAGAACACUGGGCUAUGAAUGCCAGGGACAGACAAAGUGCAGAGGAUGUGUGGGCAGCAGAGAGAGUUUUACCUCAUGGAACUGUACAGAAUCUUACCAAGUGGUCUAUGUACCGGGACGAAAACAUGAUGGACCACCUUUCUCUACCACCCAUUGGUUCUGGAUCCAGGGAAGGUGAGGUGCAGUGGGUACCAGAUCGGGAGGGGGAGCCCACAGGCCAAUGGUAUGAUAAGAUGUACUCUAUACGAAGUCUGCCUACUAUGAGCUACCGAGAGAAACGAGAAGCUGAUGGACUUGAGGACAUGACACAGUUGGAGGAAUUAACAGAAGCGGCUGUUUUAAUGAACGUGAACACUCGCUUUGAACGGGAGCUCAUCUACACUUAUAUCGGCUGCAUUCUGCUGUCGGUGAAUCCAUACAAGUUAUUGAACAUCUAUGGAACAGACAUGGUCCUGCAGUAUAACGGCCACGGCUUAGGUGAAAACCCACCUCACCUUUUUGCAAUUUCAAACCUUGCCUACACAACAAUGAUGGACGUCAAGCAGAACCAGUGCAUUAUCAUCAGUGGAGAAAGCGGGUCAGGAAAAACCGAAGCCACCAAACUGGUCUUGAGAUACCUGACUGCCAUCCACCACGAGCGAAACGUAACACAGCAGAUUGAGAUCCUGGAAGCGACUCCCCUGCUGGAAUCUUUUGGGAAUGCCAAAACGGUGCGGAACGACAACUCCAGUCGCUUCGGGAAGUUUGUCGAGAUCUUUCUGGAGGAAGGAGUGAUUAGCGGUGCCAUAACUUCACAGUAUCUACUGGAGAAGUCCAGGAUUGUGUUUCAGGCAAAAAAUGAAAGGAACUACCACAUUUUUUACGAGAUGUUGGCCGGGCUUCCAGUUCACCAGAAACAAGUCUUCUACCUUCAGGAAGCUGAAACCUACUACUACCUGAACCAGGGUGGUGACUGUGCGAUCGAGGGGAAGGACGACGGCGAGGACUUCAGGCGGAUACACAGUGCCAUGGACAUUCUCCACUUCAGCCCUGAGGACCAGAGCAGUGUCUUCCGAGUGCUUUCGUCCAUCCUUCACCUGGGCAACAUCUUCUUCCACAGACUCGAGCUGCAAGAAGCGACCGGAGUCGUAAGCGCUCAGGAGAUCCGCGUGGUGGCUGACCUGCUUCAGAUUUCUCCAGAAGGACUGCAGAAGGCCAUCACCUAUAAAGUGACGGAAGCCAUGAAGGAGAAAAUAUACACUCCUCUCACCGUAGAGAGUGCUGUGGAUGCCAGAGAUGCCGUUGCCAAGAUCCUCUACUCCCUGCUCUUUCACUGGUUAACCGAGCGAAUCAACAGCCGUGUUUACCCGAGAAACGAGGCUCUGUCCAUAUCUAUCCUGGACAUCUAUGGAUUCGAGGAGUUAGCAUUUAACAGUUUCGAACAGCUCUGCAUCAACUAUGCUAACGAGGCGCUUCAGUUCUUCUUCACGAAAAUCAUUCUGAAGCAGGAACAGGAGGAGUACCUCCGAGAGCAAAUCAGCUGGAAGGAAGUGCCCUUCACGGACAACAAGGCGUGCAUAGACCUCAUCGCUGCUAAGCCUCAUGGGAUACUCCGCAUUCUCGAUGACCAGAGCUGCUUUCCUCAGGCCACUGACCACACCUUCCUUCAGAAGUGCCACUAUCAUCACGGAGAAAAUCCACUGUACUCCAGGCCAAAGAUGCCACUGCCAGAGUUCACCAUCAAACACUACGCAGGACGCGUGACUUAUCAGGUCCAGAAAUUCUUGGAUAAGAAUUAUGAUCAGGUUCGACAAGAGGUGCUGGAGCUCUUUAUGCAAAGCCACAACCGGAUGGUCUCAAAUCUCUUUCUGAAGUAUAGCGAGAUGCUAAAUCAGCAGAAGAAGGGAACACGGAGAGACAGCACCGUUACUCGGCGAUAUCAGCCCUCUACUGUAGCUGCCAAGUUCCAGCAUUCUCUACAGGACCUACUGGACAAGAUGGAGAGGUGUAAUCCUUUAUUCGUGCGCUGCAUCAAGCCAAAUAACAAUAAGGAACCCGGGAUAUUCGAGCCAGAACUGGUGGCCACUCAGCUCAGAUACUCGGGAAUUCUGGACACCAUCCUCAUCAGAAAGGAAGGCUAUCCGGUCCGAAUGACUUUCCAUAAAUUCUUAAACAGGUACAAAGCGCUGCUGGGGCUGAAGAAAACCCCGCCUCCGGACGGAGACAACUGUGUCGUCAUGCUAACAAAGCUGUGUCCAAUCAGAAAAGGAGAUUACCAAGUGGGCGUGUCCAAGCUCUUUCUAAAGGAAAGUGUGUAUCAGCUGUUAGAGAGUAAGCGAGAUCGCGUGAGGCACGUAGCGGCCCUGACGCUCCAGCGAUACGUCCGGAUGUAUUUCACACGAAAAAACUUCAUCAGGUUCCGGCAGAUCAUGAUCAAACUGCAGGCCAGGUCCCGAGGCUACCUCAUGAGGCGGCGUCUCCGACAGAAACGCUUGAUCCUGGUCAGGUUUCGCUCGCCGGUUCAGCUCAUCGUCAACCGCAAGCGCUACAUCAGGGAUAACGUCCUCAUGGUCCGGAUGGCAGAAGAGGCGAGGGUCAGUCGAGAGGUGAUUAACGUGUCCCAGUUGGUCAUUCCUGCUGAACUGGGAGAGCUGCUGCAGGCCACAGCAGAUGGUAAAGAGGUACAUUCUCAGUGUUUGGCUCUGGUUGAAGCUCUCAGAGUGCAGGUUUAUCCUCAACUCACACUCCCUCUGGAUAUCAACAACUAUUUAAUGACCAAAUACAUCCGUUCCAACUUCAGGGAGCUGCAGUUUGGAAUGCUGACCACACCACUGCAAGCUUCUCUGACUCGCCUGGAAGACGAACUGAAACAGGACGCACUCGACAUCUUUUUACUGAUUUUGCGUUUCAUGGGCGACCCGAACCUGAAUGGCGCUCAGGAGAACCUGUUCGGAAAUUAUAUCAUCCAGCGGGGUUUGGCUACUCCACCAAUCAGAGAUGAGAUUUUGGCUGAGGUAGCCAAUCAGGUGUGGAGGAACGAGUACCUGCGGAACGCUGAGAGAGGAUGGCUGCUGAUGGCGGCUUGUCUCAGUUCCUUCGCCCCGAGUGACAAAAUGGCCAAAUAUCUCCUGAAGUUCGUAUCAGAUUACGCUCUGAACGGAUUUAAAGCUGUUUGUCAGCACAAGCUGCUCCAUGCCAUGCAGAAAUGCCAGCUGGGACCCGAGGCGGCUCGGACGUACCCUCUUUCUCUCCUGGAGUGGACGUCCAACCGCAAGAAAGCUCACAUGGCCCUCCAAGUGCACUGCCUUGAUGGAAUGUCUUUGCUGUGUCCACUUCACUCCUGGACGACUGGUGAGGAUCUGGCACAUGAUGUUUUACUGCUCAGGGGCGUGUCCUCAGAGAGCUGCUGUGGUUGGUCAGUGCUAAUGAAAGAGGUGGGGCAGUGGGUGGAGCUUGAAGGCCAUGACUAUGUGAUGGAUCUGGUGUGUGAUCUGGAGCUGCUGCCAGGUUUCCCCAAACAGAAGAGCUACUUCAUCAUCUCCACACACGACCCCACCCGAGUCAGGCACAACGCUAGCAUAAGUCUUUUUGGCAGCGGAUUCAGUGAAGAAGAUGAAGCACCGGUCACCAACAGCCUGCCUAUGUCUAAUGAUCCCUACAGUUCUCAUGACAGAGCUCAGAGGGGAAUGGACCGUUAUGUGGACAGCCUGUUUGACCCUGUACUGUCAGAUGGAACUGGGGAUAUGGACAUGUCCACUCUGUCUGGGAGAAUGAAAGGAGGUGGAGGUGUCGGUGCAGGUCACAGUGAUGAUGUUCCAUCCGCAGUCAGGGUUCCUUUCUCAGCAGCUCAGCAACCAGGAGCGGUGAGGGUCCUGCCUGCUGUUCCAGCUGUGACCAGUGUCCUGCCUGCUGUUCCAGCUGUGACCAGUGUCCCGGCUCAAGAUCCACAGACUCUGAUGGCGCAGCAGCAGCAAGCUCUCAUCAACCAGCAAGCUAUUAUUAUGGCCCAGCAGAUGACCAUGCAGGCCAUGGCCAUGGUGACGACGAGCCCCAUCUCCAGCCCUCCCACCAGUCCUCCUCCUACCCCCUACAUCCCCUACUCUCCCCUCCCCUCCAGCCCCUACUCUGCCUUGCCCCCGAGCCCGUAUGCCAACUUCCUGCCCAGCCCUUACGCACCGGUCACUCCUUCAUCCUACACCAUCACCUCCAGUAUGACCUCGAACUCCGACUCGAACCAUCAGCUAAAGACGACGCACACAUCCAGAACCGUCCAGGAACAGAGUAAAGAGCUGAAAGAAAGUUUGGAGAAGAACCCAGAUCCUGUUCCAGCAAGAGACAAAAAACCAGCCAGAAAACACGCUCCAGUUGCAGUCCUCGGUCCGAUGCGCUCGGCUCCGGCUCCUGGUACCGAGGUGGUGAAAUAUUCCGUCUCUAACUCGGAGCAUAUCGUUCCCAGCCACAACAUAAAGGACAUCAUUAAACAAUACCAAACUCCCCCAGAUCCUCCUCCACAGGAGAGCAGGAGAAGAGAAGGCAAAGCUUUUGUGAAAAAACUCAACCCACAUGACCAGGCCUUAGAGAUUCUGAAGACGCAGGUGGACACUCCUCCUCCUCCUCCACAGAGAAGAGCUCCAGCUUCUGUAACUCGAUCUAAACAAACUGGUCUCAGAUCAACACAGAGCACUAAAAAGAAGGCACCAGAACCACCAUUAAAAAUACACCCAGUGUCCAGAGAUCUGCCCGUAGAAAAAGAAACCAUUCAAACAUCUCUGCACCUCAGCAGCGUGGACGAGUUCUACACCUACACUAACGUCCCGUGGAAGCUCUACCUCAGGAAGGAGGUGUUUUACCCCAAGGACAGCUGGAAUCAGCCCCUUGUGCUGGACCUUAUAUUCAAGCAGAUCGUUAACGACAUGUUCUCCGAGGCCUGUGUGCGCAUCACCAGAGAGGAGAGGAUGAAGAUGAAGGCCUUGUUCGCACAACACCAGAUUGAGCAGAAUUUAAAGGUUCAGGAUGAAGGCGUGAAGAAGGCAGUGGUCUCAGCAGCCCGGGAGUCAUGGGAGAUUUAUUUCUCACGCCUUUUCCCUGCAUCUGGCAGCGUGGGGUCAGGAGUCCAGGUGCUGGCUGUGUCUCACUCCGGGAUCAAGCUCCUGAAAACGGUUCACAGCAGUGCCAAAGUUCCUGAUUACUUCAGAGUUCUGAGAUCAUAUGGGUACACCGACAUCCUCUUCGUCACCAUCCCGUCUCCCAACAUGCUGGAGUUUAAUCUGACCAGUGAGAAGCUCAUCCUGUUCUCGGCCAAAGCUCCUCAGAUCAAGCAGAUGGUGGAUCUCUUCAUCUCUCAGCUGAAGAAGGACUCUGAGUAUGCUGUAGCUGAGAGGAACUACAUCACAGAAGAUCUCACUCUUCUCAGCUUCCAUAAAGGAGACAUCGUCCGGCUGCACGCUGUGGACGGCCUGCAGGAAGGUCAGUUGUACGGAUGUGUGGUGAAGAAGAAGGUCAUCUACCUGGAGGAGGUCAACAGAGACACAACAGACUUCGGUUGGAGGUUCGAGCCCGUGAUGAGUCGCAGCGGGGCGUUUCCCGCAGACUGCGUGGUCCCGGUUUCCGCUCCGGAUUUUCUAAAUCUGCCCUGGGACACGCAGGAAGAGACGAGAACCAGGAGGAGUCAGGAUCGUUUUGGUGAUCCGGUGAAUCCUGAAAUACACAGCAGCAGCGUCUUUCUGGACGGUCAGUACACCAUGGUGGAAUUUGCUCGGAAAUACUUCAGGCAGUGGGGCAGCGGGAAAAGUGACAAAUCCAAGAAAGAUGGAGGCAGAGAUCCUGCAGAAAUGAUCAAAUUCAGCAAGAACCCCAUCCAGGAGUCUCUGAUCCAGUUCAACGAGCCCAACAUGAGCCGAGUCGCUGCCGAAAUGUUCCUGGCCAUAAUGAAGUUCAUGGGUGACCAUCCGCUGCGAGGCCAGUCUGAACAUUUUGUCCUCUGCACCUUUUUGAAGAUGAUUGGUGAACACAGGCUGAUGAGAGAUGAAGCGUACUGUCAAGUCCUGAAACAGAUCACCGCUAACACCAGCUCGGCCCUAGACAGCUGUCAGAGAGGGUGGCGUCUGCUGUACAUCCUCACUGCAUACUGUUCAUGUUCAGACCUCCUCCGUCCGUUCCUGCUGAAAUUCUUACAGGACGCAAGCUCAGGAUCUCAGUUUCAGGGGAUUGCUAAAGCGUGUGAGCAGAACCUGAUGAAGACGUUGCAGUAUGGGGGGAGGAGUGUGUGUCCCAGCAGCAUGGAGCUCAAAGCCAUAGUGGCUGGUCGGAGUUCAAAAAGGCAGCUCUUCCUGUUUCCUGGAGGAAUCGAGCGACAUCUAAAGAUUAAAACCUGCACUGUGGCUUCAGAUGUCAUUGAGGAGUUGUGUUACGAGUUGGCGUUACAGAGACUGGAGUCCGUGAGCGAGUAUGCAGUGUUUAUAGUGACACACAGAGGUCAGAACGUGAGGCCGCUGAAUAAAAGGGAAUAUAUUUUAGACAUCAGCACAGAGGCUGAGAUGAUGGACAGCAGCUACAGCUUCUGGUUCAGACGUGUCAUCUGGACUCAGACGCUGAAGCUGGACAACGAGCUCAGCGUCACGGUUCACUACAACCAGGUCCUCCCAGACUAUCUGAAGGGUUUACUGACCGUUCUCCCUCCAGAUAAGGUCAGCGAGCAGCAGUUCCAUCAGAUCGCUAAACUAGCGGCACUACAGCACAGAGCGAAGGACGUGGUCUCUCCUCCCACCAUUCACGAGCUGGUGGAUUAUAUUCCAGCCCAAGUGUUUAGCAGGCAGGGACCUCAGCAGUGGAUGCACCUGCUUACACAACACACACACGCAGUCCAGAGCCUCAGCCCUCAUCAGGCCAGAUCACAGUUCCUGGGAUUAGUGUGUGCGUUUCCCAUGUUCGGCUCCUCCUUCUUCUACAUCCUGAGCACUAACGACAGCACCAUCUCCACCCCCUGCAUCCUGGCUGUCAAUCAACACGGCCUCCACUUUCUGCACAGAGACACUCACGAGGUUUUAGUGAAGUUCCCUUUAAAGCGAGUCCAGUCUGCGCGCACACAGCGGCCCAGCGCCGGAAAGAGCUACCCUUACGUGGACAUCGUCCUGGAGGACACGAGCAACCACAGAACUACACAACUACAACUGGAACAGGGGCUGGAGCUCUGUCGUGUGGUUGCCAUGCACGUGGAAAAUCUGCUGCUGCGUCAAGAGAAAAGACUCACGCUUCCUCCGAGUGAAAUCACACUCCUGUAACACGGGGACCAUUUCUGCCAUCCCAUAAUACAGACAGUACAGUCACCAUAGCAACGUGGUGCAGAAGGAGAACGUCGUCCGGUUCCUGAUGAUUACAGCUGAACAGAUCACCAUGGACUUUUACACAGACCUGUCAGGAUGUUCUACAGAAAUGUGCUGAUGUUUGUACGCCAUUUUGUAGACGCCACGUCUGUGACUGUUACUGUGUUUACACACACACACAGACACACUCUCUCACACACACACACACUCUCACACACACACACAGACACACAGACACACUCUCUCACACACACACACACACACACACUCUCACACACACACACACACACUGUUACUCAGGAGAAAAUGGAAUUAUUUUUUGGACACCUGGACAUUUGUAGGAACUUUUACACUGAAGGCGUCAGAGCUGGCUGUGUUCAUGUGGCCUGAGGAUAUUUUACACAGGAGACUUCAACACAA